GUCUAUGCAUUCACCUGCAUACCAACGUCCACUGCGCAGUGGGUCCUGCAUACACGCUACCUUUGCGUGCUGGCCUUCAAGAUAAUGUCCUGGCUGACAUCUCUCGCGCUUUAUAUAAUUCACGCUGUCUAUCUGCUCGCUAGCUCGCUGUCAUUCCUCCGAAAUCCGUUAACAUAUACCUCGCCGCGUCCCAUAGACGCGAAACGGAAGCUAACACCAAAACAUCUCGCCUUGGUCUUCACAGGAUGCGAUAGUAAUGAAAUGGAUAAUCUGGAGGACAUCCUUUUGGAGAAUAUAGAAGGCGUGGUCUCGUGGUGUCAUUUGUCAGGGAUACAAAGACUGACGGUAUAUGACCGAGAAGCAGGUCUUAUUUCUCGAUCUUCUCUCAACCUUCGAAAGCGUUUGAUCGAGCAGACUGGCGUUUCGCCUAAAGAGUCUAGUGACGAAUCCGAAAUCGAGUACCCUCUUACUCCGCCCCUAACGGACGAGUCAAGAUCACUUUCCCCAGACCGUGAAGUCACCCCAGACCUUCGUGUUAUCACUAUCAAUGCCACCGCUUCAAGGGAACGUCGGAGGGACCAACGAGGUGUCGUGAAACGCCGUAAUUCUUCUAAGAAGCAAACAAAUUCGUCAAUAUCUCCUGUGACACUGCAUCUGAUAUCCCGUGAAUCUGGAAAACCUGCUAUUGCUUCCGUUGCGAACAGUCUUUUCCAGACUCAUCAGAGAAGUGAGAGGGACGACCUCAACUAUAGCAUAAACGAUAUUACUUCCAUACUCGAAGGCGAGUUGGGUUUUCCUGAACCGGAUCUCAUGAUUGUGCACCAAGUCUCACCUUCGCAUCCCCGAAAACCGCUGGAACUCUACGGAUUCCCGCCAUGGCAAAUUCGUUUGACAGAAAUCCGCCAUACUAGAGACCGUUCGUUGUCGAAAUGGUGGAAUGCUCAAAAUCCUCAGUUUCUCGAUGAGAUUGACUUCAGAGAAGCCUUAGAUGCAUUUGAUUCAGCUGAAAUGCGAGUUGGCAGGUAGAAUUUCGGAGGAUGGAUCUCCAUACAGGGUAUUCUACAUCUUGGGACAAUUUAAAUAUACUAAUGGUAAUGAACAUGCGGACAUUGUUGUAGUCAUCGCUCCGUUGAGCUUCCAGUGAAGCAUAUCUCAUUUCCCUUUCGACAACGAUGACUGCCUAUCUAUCAUGAAACAUUUGCUUUCCACUCCGCGUCCUCUUCCCUCUCGCCUUCGUAGAACUCCCUCUUCCAUAUCUGUGCCUUCAACUUGACCUCUUCCAAGAUGUACUCACAUGCGUGGAACGCCUCCUUGCGAUGUGGAGAUGACACUGCGAUGACGAUCGAUGGUUCACCGACUGGAACUGUACCAAGUCGAUGAUGAACUGCACAGUGGAUUAUGGACAUGACAGGGCUUUCUGCAGUUUUAUGUGCCGAAUCUGAAUACUUCUCGUGUGCUGAACGGAUUAUACCCGACAUCGUCUUGAUUGCG